GCGACAGUCGGGAGUUUUUCAGCGACUUUUCCAGUUGUGGCAGGUAAAACUCACCUCACGGAUCGAUACACGGAUCAAUACCCGGUGGGAUCAAUAAUAACAUUAAUAAUAAUCAUCAGAACCAGAGGCGGAGCGGAGACAUGAGGACUUUAACUCCGUUUAUCCAGUAGGAACAAAGUUCAUGAACCAGGAAAAAACUAGAUAAACUGCUGCAGGAGGAAAAUCCCUGAAGAAGAAGAAGAGAAGACCACGCCCCCCUCCUCUUCAUCCUUCUCUUCAUCAUGGCGGGAGCUCUGAGGAUGACUGAAGCUCAGUUCAUCAACUACGACCACGAUCUGCAGCUCAACCUGAUGCCGUUCGACUACAUUCCCCCGGUGGAGAUAAAGAUGGAGCCGUACAUACCUGAGACAGCUCACGGACCGUAUAUCCAGAUCAUCGAGGAGCCCAAACAGAGGGGGUUCCGGUUCCGGUACGAGUGCGAGGGCCCGUCCCACGGCGGGCUGCCCGGGGCCUCCAGCGAGAAGAACCGGAGGACCUACCCCACCGUGAAGGUGAACAACUACGUGGGUCAGGCCCGGGUGGAGGUGCAGCUGGUGACCCACACCGACCCUCCCCGGGUCCACGCCCACAGCCUGGUGGGACGCCACUGCACCGAGAGCGGCACCUGCGUGCUGGACGUGGGACCCAACGACCUGACGGCCUCGUUCAGUAACCUGGGAAUCCUCCACGUGACCAAGAAGGGCGUGGUGGACGUUCUGACCCGGAGGCUGCGGGAGGAGAGGAAGAGGCAGAAGGGAGGACACCCUCACCUGGCGGACGGGGAGGAGGCGGCCAUCUUGAAGGAGGCCAAGGACCUGGGGAAGAGCAUGGACCUGAACAUCGUCCGGCUCAAGUUCACGGCCUUUCUGGAGGACAGUAACGGCAGCUUCACCCGCGCUCUGAAGCCGGUGGUGUCCAACCCCAUCUACGACAGUAAGUCUCCAAACGCCUCCAACCUGAAGAUUUCCCGGAUGGACAAGACGUGCGGCUCGGUGCUCGGAGGAGACGAGAUCUUCCUGCUGUGUGACAAAGUCCAGAAAGACGACAUCGAGAUCCGAUUCUACGAGGAAGACGACGAGGGCGGAUGGGAGGCCUUUGGGGAUUUCUCCCCCACCGACGUUCACAAGCAGUACGCCAUCGUGUUCAAGACGCCUCCGUACCACAGCGCCGAGAUCGAGCGAGCCGUCACCGUCUUCCUGCAGCUGAGGAGGAAGAAGGCCGGAGACAGCAGCGACCCCAAACAGUUCACCUACACGCCGCACGUGCAAGACAAAGAGGAGGUGAUGAGGAAGAAGCAGAAGCCGCUGCCGCACUACGAGAACUGGAGAGGAGGAGGACGAGGGGGCGGAGCCGGGGGCUUCGGAGGGGGCGGAGCCACGGGAGGACCAGGGUUCCAGUUCCACCAGCAGAUGAACGGGGCUGGGGGCGGAGCCGGGGGCGGGGCCUUCUUCACGGCCGGCUUCACCGGCUUCAGCGGAGGGGGAGGAGCCCAGAUGUCGGGAGGCCCCGCCCCCCAGGGUGACGGACAGCGCGGCUCCUCGGUGCAGAAGCUGCUGCAGAUCGCCGCCUCCCUGAGCAGCCGCGCGUCGCAGAGCGCCCAGCAGACGGCUGCAGCGCUGCUGCAGUACUGCAGCACCGGGGACGCCCGCGUCCUGCUGGCCGUGCAGAGACACCUGUGCAGCGUCCAGGACAACAACGGAGACACGCCUCUGCACCUGUCCGUCAUCCACCAGCAGGCCAACGUGACGCAGCAGCUGGUCCAGACGCUGCUGAGCAGCCGACAGCAGAACGUGCUCAACACGCCCAACCACCUGGCGCAGACGCCCCUCCACCUGGCCGUCAUCACCCGCCAGCCCAAGGCGGCCGAGCUGCUGCUGCGCGGCGGCGCCGACCCGGGUCUGCUGGACCGGGACGGACGCAGCCCGGUCCACCUGGCGGCGCUGGCCGGGGACGGGGCCAUGCUCCGCCUCCUGCUGGCUCACCUGGGGGAGAGACACGCCCACCUGGUCAACGCCCCCGACUACCACGGUCUGCAGCCGCUGCAUCUGGCCGUGCGGCGGGACGGAGAGCGGUGUCUCCGCCUCCUGGUGGAGGGCGGGGCUAAGAUCAACGCCCCGGAGCAGAAGGGCGGCAGCACGGCGCUGCACCUGGCGGUGCGGGAGAACCUGUUCAAGGUGGCCUGCACGCUCAUCACCGAGCUGAAGGCCGACGUCAACGCCGCCACCUUCGGGGGAAACACGCCGCUGCACCUAGCCGCUAGCCUCGGAUCGCCAACGCUCUGCUCCAUGCUGGUGGCCGCAGGCGCUGAUAAGAACGUGGAGAACGACGAGCCGCUCUUCUUCAGCUCCUCGUCUGAUGAAGAGCCGGACGAGCCAAUCAGAGACGGCGCUGCAGGAGGAGAACCAAUCAGAGACGCAGCUGCAGGAGGAGAACCCGCCUCCCAGCCAAUCAGUGCUAGGAAGAGGCCGGCAGCAGGACACACCCCGCUGGACCUGGCAACCUGUCAGAAGGUGAGGAACCUGCUGAACUCCAGUCGGGGUCAGAGUUCAAGUCGUCCCAGCAGCAAGAAGAUCCGCUCCAGCAGCAGCGAAGACGUCGAGGCGUCCCGGCUGGACGAGGACACGCUGGCCCGGCUGGUGUCUCUGCUGAGCGUCGGGGACGUUCCCUGGAUGAAGCUGGCGGAGAAGCUGGGCAUGAUGACGCUGACGCACCUGUACCGGGACAGCCCCGCCCCCUGCACGCACCUGCUGCAGCACUACCAGCUUGGGGGGGGGCAGGUGGAGGGUCUGGUUGAAGCUCUCCAGUCUCUCGGUCUGACAGAAGGAGUCCGACUGUUGAACAGCAGCAUCUUGCAGCAGGACAAGCACAACACAGACGCCACCGUGGACAGCGGCUUCGGCAGCCAGCCGAUGGAGGAGGAGGAGCCUCCUGCUGUCAAUCAGUGAGGGGGGCGGAGUCUAAUCUGGAGGGGCGGAGCCUCCCCCGGAGGUCUGACCCGGAUCCCCUGCAGGCGCCGCCCUCCCGGUCCCAUCAGGACCUUCACACGAACAAACUUUCUCCCUCAACCGUCUGAAAGUAAAAUCUGUAAAGUUUUAAAAACUUGACUUUUGUUUUUCAUGAAUUGAUGAAACAAAGUUGUAAAAUACGUGUUAAACUUUCUGUCGCUUCGUUUGUUCUUCUGGACUAAUUUAUAUUUCUGUUUUUCUGGUUUGUUUUUUCUUGUUUUUGAGAGUUUACUUUUAUUUUUAAAGGCAAACGAUGUAAAAGUGCUGAAGCGGUUCUGAACGGGUCGGGCUGCCGACCCGGACGUUGCAGAAUUACAAUCAAUCUGACGCUUUUAUCAUGUCGCUCAAAUAAAUGAUGUAAUUUUU